AUGUAUCCCCAACUGCCCAAGUCCCCUGCCGACCUGGUACCGUUGCCUCUGUGCGAGGGCCCCAAACUGAAGCCGUUCGACUUCAAGGGCCCCCAGGACAUUGAGUUCAUCGAGGAACUUGGAUCCGGCCAGCACUCCUUUGUCUUCAAAGUCAGGAUUCGCAACAAGCUCUAUGCACUCAAACUGUUUGUAUUCACUGAAGGCUGGCAUUUGUCAAUGCCAGGAGUUCCGUCCGAUAGUAAAGAGGCCAUGAGCGCCGUAUACCAAUACAUGGACACCUUCAACCGCGAGUGCCGCGCCUUUGGCCGCCUGCAAGAGUCGGGAUGGCAAGACCUCGGCAUCGAGUGCUUCGGUUACGUCCUCCUGGACAACAAGCACGAAAGGAUGCUCAGGGACAAAUUUCCCGACAUGAACUGCGUCAGCGACUGGUUCCCUUCAGGGGCCUACGAUGAGCCUGUUCUCGAAGAUUGUCGUUUUAGACGGCGCCGCGACGCCUGGUUUGACGCCUGGCUUAAAGCCUGCAAGAUAGAUCAGCAGGCACUGGACCGCCGCUUCCCGGUGUUGCUCGACGGCGACGCCGGCGCCUGCGGCCCGCCCAUCCGCGGCAUCCUCAAGGCCCUUGGCACGCUCACCAAGCCCGCAUGCAAGCGCGACGACACCCGCUAUUUCACGGAUCUCUGCAAGAUGCAGCAGCUCGGCAUCACCGGCCUCGACCCAAACGACGGGCAGCUCGUCGAUUGGAAGCAAGCCGACUUUAGCAUCGCCAUCACGACGCCACACCCCCUUCUGACCCCGUUCGAGAUGAACCCGCGCAUCGGGCCCGAGUGGCUGCCCCUGCUGGAGUUCAACGCCUUCUCGCGGACCUCGUUCGACUACAAUUGCUUCAACAACGCACUACAUCACCGCCCUGCGUUAGAGGAUCGCGACUGGAAUCCCAAGACAGACGCGCCGCCGGACUACGACUGCCGGGGCAGGCCAGGCCGGUAUGACCUUCGCAAGAUGCCGCACCGGCACCCCUUCGCGUUUGUGGACCCGCGCAAGUACGACUGGCGGCCCGCGGUCCGCGGUCGUGCUACGACCCGGGCGAGCUCCAAUGGCAGCAAGGCAGGCCGGCCGCGCGGUAUCUCCAAAGCCUGCAACCCGGGGAGGCUGCAGCUUAAAGACAAGCCGGACAGAUGGUAUCUUGAGUACCGGCACCCGACGUACGACUGUGAAUUGGCCAAAAUCAAACCCAAAAUCACCUGGGAGUACCGGGGCGGCCACUUUUUCCCACGCGGGUCGGCCCAAGAGGUCGAGGACGAGUUGAUGUGGGAUUCGGAAAGUAUAAAGCACAGGAGGGAGAAAGACUGGGGGCGGGUGGUGGCCGAGGCCAAGACAAGAAAGAAGUUCGAGCUGAUCGCGGAGCCCCAGCCGAGGCGGAGACUCAUGUCCGAGGCUGAUUAUAUCAUGCGUCUUUACUACCCGAAGUGGUGCAGCAUGAGUGCGGAAGAGCAGGCCCAGAUUCACGAGAAGACCUGCCGUGAAUUAGUUCGUGAGUUUUGGGCGCCGGAGCGGGGCCUGGCCCAAGAGCCAGAAGAGGUGCAAGCGCAGAUAGAUCGGCUCCGCCAACUUCACUCCUCGCAGCUGAACGCGACCUACCGUGCAUGGAGCAUGAAACAACGUGUGGACAAGGAGACUGAAGCGGAGAGGAUCGAGAAAGGGCAGUCUUUGGAAGAGCGGGCGCCAGGAGAGGGUUUUUGCGGCUGGCUUCUCCAGUACUCUAAAGAGAUAUGGCAUGCGGAGUUGUUGGGUUGGGAAAAGCCUGCGGUUGCGUCGUUCGUCGACUGGACGAAGAAGUAUCUUCCCGAGCUGUGGGCUCUUGAGGUGCAGGCUCGUGAUGCGGAGGCUCGUGAUGCGGAGGUUUAG